UUUUUUUUUUGUUCUGUCACCUUUCAAAGUGUGUUAUGCUUUCUUUUCUUUUAGAGGAUGGAAAUCGGUACACUCAAUAUCAUAUUCAACUCUUACUUUCUUUCAUUGGAGUUAAACAUAGUCAUAUUCAACAUGUCAUUGAUGCUUUGACUCAAACAAUAGAUCCAAAUACCAGCAUAACAUUGACAAACUUAUGGAAAACGAUACGACAUUAUCUUGUUGAACAACAUUAUUCAACAAGUCUAACUGAUCUAGCAAUGGCAUGGGCAAUGACUCAACGACAAGAUUGUGUCUGUAUAUUAUUAGGAGGUACCUCAGGCUGCGGUAAAUCAACAUUGGCUAGUCUUCUUGCUCAUCGCAUGGGUAUCACUACUGUCUUAUCCACCGAUCACGUUCGGUCUCUUUUACGUAGUUUCGAUCCUAAUAAAUCACAACCUCUUCUUUGGGCAUCAUCUUAUCAAGCUGUAACUAACGAAUCGAAUGGAACGAAUAAUACAACCAUACCAAAUACUGAAGUUGAAGAUGACGAAGAAGAUGAAGAAAAUGAUACUCAUAGCCAAAAUAGUAGCAAUAGUCAUGAUACACUGAAUAGUAUCAAUAGCACCACUUCUGAUAAAAAUACGACCAAUAUGGAUACAAAUGAUUCUGCAUCCAGUGUUAUUCAAGGUUAUGAAACACAAAAUCAAUUAUUAGUGUCAACGUUGGAUAAGAUGAUUCAUGGAUUUUAUCAAAGAAAAGAAAACCUAGUGAUCGAGGGUGUAGCUUUAUCCAUUGAUACCAUGCGAUUCUUGAUUCAAAAACAUCCACAUUGUAUACCUUUAUUAAUUUAUAUCAGCAACGAACAAAAGCAUAUGGAAAGGUUUGCCAUCCGCGCAAAAUAUAUGACGGUUGCUCCCAAAGCCAACAAGUAUAUCCAUUAUUUUGAUAAUAUCCGAUUGAUACAACGUCACCUUUGUAAAGCUGCUGAUUUGUGGAUGAUUCCGAAAAUCAAUAAUACAAAUGUAGAUCGUAGUCUUGCCAUUGUACAUACCACUGUCAUCAAUGUGUUAUCUCGUAUGAAACGAACUGGUGAAACAUCGCUACUGAGCACCCCAUCAUCACCUGGAAUACUGCAUCAAGAAUUCUCCAAAGUGUAUGAUGCCUCUUGGAGUUCGAAACAAAUGCUUCGUCGUAUACGUGAACAUUCUAGUCGAGCGAUUCCAGUACAACAACAGCAACAACAACAACAACAACAAAAUAGAAUGACAGCAACGAACAAAGUGAUGUUGACUCCAUCUAUCUCAGAACCGAAACAACAUCCAACAUCAAGAACUAAACGACAUUCAUCCAGGAAAUCACAUCGACGUUCAGAAUCAUCUUCUUUUACUUAUGAACUGGAACAUUUGGAUGAUACUGCCUGGGGCUCAUUGACUUCUUGAUAUCCUGUCAACUUUUGUAUUAUAGUGUAAAUACCCGUUUUUGUAUAAUGUGUUACUUUUAGAAAAAAAAAAUAAAAAAUACAGAU